UUUGUAUUUGCCAAGCUUCUUUCGCAAAGGUUCAUCCAGUUGAACUCAAGAAAUAAAAUCGACGGGAGACGGAAAGUUCCAAGUUGCGAUCCCCGUUGUUGUUCACUGUGUAGCCUGGAAUUAGGAGUUAAGCCGCUAGCACUUCUUCAUCAUUCUUACCGGAGCACCUCGCGCGAUUAUCUAAAUGCGGUAUAGCGUCCUCCUCAGCCACCAACGACAUCUUCAAUUCUUCAUGCCAGCCAUUCUCCGACGGUUCAUCAGUGGAGAGAGAAGCUCUCAGCUGUGGCACGGCGCCAUGGCUGCAGGUGCGAGCCCCUGCUUUGACGCUCUUCACGGGUUUCUACGAUACCGGUCACCGAAGGAUGAGAGGGGAUAUAUACCCUAAACCGACGAUGAAAUACAACAUCAUCAAUCAUUCAAUGCAAACCCGAGCUUUGUGAUACCUGAAGCAAGUUAAAUCUGGAAAAAUAACAUACGAAAUAAUGGCACCAAAGUUCCCGCAACGAAAGAUAGGUGAUGUGAUGGUCUCUGCCAUUGGGCUUGGAUGUAUGGGCAUGUCCAUCCCUCCCUUCAACGACGAAGAAUCAUUGGAAGUCCUCACCGCCGCCGCGGACAUGGGUCUCAACUUCUGGGUAACCUCCUCUGGCUACGGACCCAACGAGGCUCUCCUCGGACGCUGGUUCCGCGCAAACCCCAGCCGACGCUCUGAGAUCUUCCUCGCCACGAAGUUCGGGCGUGUGAUGGUCGAUGGAAAAAUGUUGCACCCCGGGACGCCGGAAUACGUGAAGGCGUCUUGUGCAAAGAGUCUUGAGACGUUGGGCGUAGAGUAUAUUGAUCUGUAUUCUCAGCACCGCGUCGAUCCCGAGACGCCGAUUGAAAUCACUGUGCAAGCCAUGAAGGCCUUGGUUGAGGAGGGGAAGGUCAGGUUCCUUGGGUUGUCGGAGUGCAGUACUAGGACAUUGAGGAGAGCGAACAAAGUCCAUCCGAUUGCGGCGGCGGAAAUGGAGUUCUCCCCUUUCGCGCUCGAGAUUGAGGAUCCGCAGAUUGGCGUUUUGGCCGCAGCGCGAGAGUGCGGGACAGCUAUUGUGGCGUAUGCGCCGCUUGGCAAGGGGUUCCUCACGGGGACGAUCAAGAGUAGGGAUGAUUUUCCCGAGGGCGAUGCGAGGAAGACAAUGUUUCCGCGGUUUAGUGAGGAGAAUUUUGGGGGGAAUUUGAAGUUGGUUGAGGAGUUGGGGGAGGUGGCGAAGGGGAAGGGUGUUACAGUGGGGCAGUUGGUUAUUGCUUGGGUAUUGGCACAGGGAAAUGAUUUCACCCCGCUUCCGGGGACUAAACAUGUCAAGUAUUUGAUGGAGAAUGCGGAGGCUGUGAAUGUUGUCUUGACCAAGGAGGAUGACGAGAGGAUUCGAAAAGUCAUUGAUAGUGUAGGCGGGACGAAGGGGGCCAGGUACCCAGCUGCUUCGGUAUCGUCGCUAUUUGGUGAUAGCCCGGAGCUUGAGGGGUUCGGUGGUCUCUAGAGGUCAUUCUAGUAGCCUGUUCGAACUUUCCCUUGAAUUCGGAUUUGAGGUGGCAGUCUGGGGGUUCGCAGGUCAUGUCCAUUCAGGCUUAAAUUUGCCUCUGCUUGUCGUCAGAAGAGUCGACCUGGGCCGGGUUGUAUUGAUUUAGUUGUCGUAAACUCAGCUGAUCUUUUGUCUUGCCAUUGGUGGAGCUCCAUCUAAAGAUCUGAAGGUGAAGUUGAAUAAAGACCUCACUUCCUUCCAUGUGGCCCUAUGAGACGAACUCCGGAUCGGCUCCAAAAGCUAACACGGCGUAAGAGGCACGGAAAAGGCGGCGUAGAAACAUGCCAAUAAAUUUAUAAUC